UUGGGGUUGCUUCUCUCUUUCACUGGUAUGUUCUGCAGAAACGAAGGUUGAACGAGACGAGCUACCAUUAACACGAGAUUCUGAUGCUUCUCUCUCUCUCUACUGUGUAGCUCAAAGCUAACCUAACCUUGGUAACCAGUUCUAAUGAGAUGGUGUCCUCGAACAAUGUUGAGUUGGAGGCGGCGAAUUUUCUGCAUAAACUUAUUCAGGAUUCUAAAGAUGAGCCAGCCAAGUUGGCUACUAAACUCCACGUGAUACUACAACAUAUGAAAUCAAGUGGGAAGGAAAAUUCAAUGCCAUAUCAAGUGAUAUCAAGGGCAAUGGAGACUGUCAUCAGCCAACAUGGUCUUGAUAUUGAAGCAUUGAAGCCAUCGCGUCUUCCUUUGACUGGUGGUCCUCUAAUCGGAUCUUCUUCGUCACAAGCAGUUGGUAGUGCAAAGGACUCUAGAGUUGGCUUGGCUGAAAAUGAAGCAUCCAAAAUGGAUCCCUUUACUUCUGGCCGUCCACCAAUUGCCCCAACUGGUGGAGCUCCUGAUUAUUAUCAAGGAUCUGUGGCUCAGAAGAGUAGUCAAUCUUUUGAUCAAGAAAGUCCAUCUAGUUUGGAUUCUAGGUCUGCUAACUCGCAGUCACAGGACAGACGUGAUACUGCCAAUUGGGACAAACAGCAGGUGAAUCAAAAGGAUGGUAAGAAAGCCACUGCGAAGAGAAAGAGGGGAGGUACAUCAUCACCUGUGGAACUGCAUGCUGACAGUUCUUCUCCUGGCAAUACUGGUGUUAAUGCAAGGAGAGGGAGAAAGACCAAGGCUGAACCAUCAGAUGGUCUUUCAGCUAAAAGUGAUGAAUUGACUAACUUUAACCUGGUUUCAACUAGUAGUCAAGUGCAGAAUAUUUCAACGUUUUCUGGUAACAUGAGAAAAAUGCCCAGGGCAAACCAAGAAGGCCAUCAUUUAUUGGCAAAACAAAUUGAUUUGACAAAGAUUGGCAACCCAAUGGUGCGAGCUCCAAAUUCAAAGUAUCCAGAAGAUACGGAAGUUUCCUCUGCACAUAUUGCUCCAGGGAAGCAGCAAGGUGCUUAUGCUAAGUUUCAUGGAGGGAUGGCAGUUCCUGCUGGUGUCUCUCCAAUGGCUGAACCAGUUUUCUCAAAUUCAAGUUCAACCACUUUAGCUGAUGGACACAAAAUAGCUCAGAUUGCAAAGCAAAAUAGUGGGUCAGAAAUGACUAUGCUUAGACAAGGUGCUCCUUCAAGAGAUACUGGAAAAUCCACUUAUCCUGCUCCACCUGGAUCAUCUGUAAAGCCUUUCAACGAACAACAGUUAAAGCAGCUUAGAGCUCAAUGCCUUGUUUUUCUCGCAAUUAGAAAUGGUUUAGCACCAAAGAAACUGCAUCUUGAAAUUGCACUCGGAGCCACCUUUUCUAGAGAAGAUAGUUCUCGUAAAGACCUAAUUGACCACAAAGGAAAAUCUCAAUCUUUUAAUGAACCGGUUAAUACAUCAGGGGUUAUGAUGCCAUUUGGAGGUCUGAGCAAUGUGAGACAGACUGAUAAAAACCCUUUUGGGUCAUCUUCUGCUGGAAAGUUUCUGGAGGCUGACUCUUUGUCAACGGGAACUGAGAGCCCAAGAAUGUUAGAAGACACAGGCAACCUAAAUUCAGACAUCCACAUGAAUUCACAAGAAAGGAAGCAUCUCCUAGCCACAAAAAUAGGAGAGCUCGAAAGAGUUCAAGAAAGAGUGGUCGCUUCUUCAGCAAUUUCAUGUCAGCAGCAAGAUUCUUUAAGUACAAGGGGUACUGUGGCUGGUAAUAAUCAUUUGGAUGAAGUUGGCAAUGCUAAUAUGCAGGUUGGAAGGUCUAAUCAACCUUCUAUUGUUGGCUCCAAUAGCUGGACUGGAUUUACUGGUCAUAAUGAAGCUUCGAAGGGACCUCCUCAGAUCCCUACUAUUCAACAUGAGUUGCCUACAGAAAGAAGAGAGAAUAUUCCUAGUCCGUUUCAAAAUGUUGGUAACAGUUGUGGUUCCCUCAAUCACAAUUCUGUUAAUCACUUGGCUUCUUAUUCUUUGAAAGAGCACUGGAAACUUGUUCCAGAGACAGAUCGUGAUCCUCAUGGAGCAACUGUGAUGAAGGAUGGAAAUGCAAUGACAAAAAAUGUUUCUUCAGAUCAAGAAGGGAAUGAGAUAUUGGUAUCGUCUGAUUUGUCGUCUUCUAAAAAAUAUACGAUGUCAGAAAGAUGGAUUAUGGAUCAGCAGAGAAAGAGGCUUCUUGUUGAGCAAAAUUGGGUACAAAAACAUCAGAAAACAAAGGAAAGAAUGACGGCAUGCUUUCACAAGUUAAAGGAAAAUGUGAGCUCAUCUGAAGACAUUUCUGCCAAAACCAAAAGUGUUAUAGAGUUGAAAAAACUUCAACUAUUGGAGCUCCAACGUCGUCUCCGGAGUGAUUUUUUGAAUGAUUUUUUCAAACCAAUUACAACUGAAAUGGAACAUUUGAAAUCAAUUAAGAAACAUAGGCAUGGUAGGAGGGUCAAACAACUUGAAAGGUAUGAGCAGAAAAUGAAGGAAGAGCGUCAGAAGCGGAUUCGUGAGAGACAGAAGGAGUUUUUCAGUGAGAUAGAAGUACACAAGGAAAAACUUGAUGAUGUAUUCAAAAUCAAGAAGGAACGGUGGAAGGGUUUCAACAGAUAUGUGAAGGAGUUCCAUAAAAGAAAAGAACGUAUUCAUCGCGAGAAAGUUGAUAGAAUCCAGCGAGAGAAGAUUAAUUUGCUAAAAAUAAACGAUGUGGAGGGCUAUCUUCGAAUGGUGCAGGAUGCAAAAUCAGAUCGUGUAAAACAACUUCUAAAAGAGACUGAAAAGUAUCUUCAAAAGCUUGGGUCCAAGCUACAAGCAGCGAAGGCUGCAGCAGGACGUUUUGGGCAUGAUAUUGAUGAAACAGGAAGUCGUAGUUUUCUUGACAAUAGUGAAACUACUUUGGAAAAUGAGGAUGAGGCUGAUCAGGCAAAGCAUUAUAUGGAAAGCAAUGAAAAAUAUUAUCUGAUGGCCCACAGUAUAAAGGAGAGCGUUGCAGAGCAGCCGUCUUGUUUGCUGGGCGGGAAAUUAAGGGAAUAUCAAAUGAAUGGCCUGAGGUGGCUGGUUUCCCUAUACAACAAUCACUUGAAUGGAAUCCUUGCUGAUGAAAUGGGACUUGGUAAAACAGUCCAGGUUAUUUCUCUGAUUUGCUACCUGAUGGAAACAAAAAAUGAUAGAGGACCAUUUCUUGUUGUCGUGCCCUCUUCAGUUCUACCUGGUUGGGACUCGGAAAUAAACUUUUGGGCUCCUGGUAUUCAUAAAAUUGUCUAUUCUGGACCGCCAGAGGAGAGGCGUCGUUUAUUCAAGGAAAGGAUUGUUCAUCAGAAAUUCAACGUUCUUUUGACCACAUAUGAAUAUCUGAUGAACAAGCACGAUAGACCAAAGCUGAGCAAAAUACAUUGGCACUACAUAAUAAUUGAUGAAGGCCACCGCAUAAAGAAUGCGUCUUGCAAGUUGAAUGCUGACUUGAAAUACUAUCAGAGCUCUCACAGAUUGCUGUUAACUGGAACACCAUUGCAGAACAAUCUUGAAGAACUAUGGGCACUACUUAACUUCUUGUUACCGAACAUAUUCAAUUCAUCGGAGGACUUCUCUCAAUGGUUUAACAAGCCAUUUCAGAGUGCUGGAGAUAGCUCGGCUGAUGAAGCUUUACUGUCUGAGGAGGAGAAUCUCUUGAUCAUAAAUCGUCUGCACCAAGUUUUGAGACCAUUUGUACUCCGGAGGCUGAAACACAAGGUUGAGAAUGAGCUGCCUGAGAAGAUUGAGAGACUUGUAAGAUGUGAGGCUUCUUCAUAUCAAAAACUUUUGAUGAAGAGAGUGGAAGAAAAUCUUGGUUCUAUUGGCCCUUCAAAGGCUCGAUCAGUACACAACUCUGUCAUGGAGCUUCGUAAUAUCUGUAAUCAUCCAUAUCUCAGCCAGCUUCAUGUAGAAGAGGUGGAGAGCUUUAUACCUAAGCAUUAUCUGCCGCCAAUUAUUAGACUUUGUGGGAAGCUUGAGAUGUUGGAUCGUAUAUUACCUAAAUUGAAAGCAACAGAUCAUCGGAUUCUAUUCUUUUCAACGAUGACUAGGCUUCUGGAUGUUAUGGAGGAAUACUUAACCUUAAAACAAUAUCGUUACCUCCGGUUGGAUGGGCAUACAUCAGGAAAUGAUCGUGGUGGUCUUAUUGAUCAAUUUAACCGACCGGAUUCUCCAUAUUUUAUUUUCUUACUCAGCAUUCGAGCUGGUGGUGUUGGAGUGAAUCUUCAAGCUGCUGACACAGUGAUCUUAUUUGACACUGACUGGAAUCCACAGGUAGAUUUGCAAGCCCAGGCCAGGGCUCAUAGAAUUGGUCAAAAGAGGGAUGUUCUUGUUCUUCGCUUCGAAACAGUUCAAACUGUGGAAGAACAAGUCAGAGCUUCAGCUGAGCACAAACUUGGCGUUGCCAAUCAGAGCAUUACUGCUGGAUUUUUUGACAAUAAUACAAGUGCUGAAGAUCGAAGAGAAUACUUGGAGUCCCUUCUGCGUGAGUGUAAGAAAGAAGAAGCUGCACCUGUUUUAGACGAUGAUGCUUUAAAUGAUAUCUUAGCCCGCAGUGAAGCGGAAAUUGAUGUGUUUGAGGCAAUUGACAAAAAAAGGAAGGAAGAUGAGCUUGUAACAUGGAAAAAAUUGGUGCCUGAACAGGCAACUGAUGCAUCUGAUCUUAUUCCUCCUCUUCCUUCUCGUCUUGUUACUGAUGAAGACCUGAAACAGUUCUGUGAGGCAAUGAAGAUAUCUGAUGUGCCUAACGUUGGGGUAGAAUCCAAUGGAGUAAAGCGAAAGAGUGGAUCUGUUGGGGGCCCUGAUACUCAACAUUAUGGCAGGGGAAAACGUGCAAGAGAGGUACGUUCCUAUGAAGAGCAAUGGACAGAAGAAGAGUUUGACAAAAUGUGUCAGAGUGAAUCUACAGAUUCACCCAAAGUAAAAGAAGUGGUGGCAGAGAUGGGCUCUGCAGCUAAUGCUUCUAGUUCAGUUGUAUCUACUACUAACUCUCUACCUGUAGCCAUGCCUCUACUGGCCCCAAUAUUGCCACCUGUGGAGAGUUUGCCAGUACAGAAAGCGAAAGAGAUAACCCCACCAGCCAAACGUGGCCGUGGAAGACCAAAAAGAAUAACUUCAGAUAGGUCACCAGCUGCGAUGAUCCCUCCAGCAACUUCUGGAUCUGUUGAAGUGCAUAUGCAGUUACUUAAAGGAAAUGGGUCUCGAGGGUUAACAUCAUCAACUCCUGAUUCUGCUGAACCUAUGGGUGUGAGUGGACCUAUACAACCAUCUGAUUCAGGAGCUCCUACUAACACACAGGCUACCACUCCUAUGACUACAAGUCCACCUAAUUCUCAGUAUGCUGCUGCUACUACUAUAUCUGUACCUAUUCAAGCAAGAGGACAAGGGCAGAAAAUUCAAAGUGGUGGAGAAGGGUCAAGGCGUAGAGGGAAGAAGCAGGUCAUGAUUUCACCUCCUAUCCCUGGUGGUUCUGUUGGUCCUGAUAUCAAGGUCGGUGAGCAAUUGGAAGAUAAGUUAGCAAGUCCAUCUAAAAGUCAGGCUAUCUCCCAGUGUGAAAUUGUCUCUAGCAUUUCUGCAGUAAACAGUCCAACUACCAUUACAAGUUCUGCUUCUUUGAACUGUGGAAAGGAUAACUUGGGUGUUGGGAGUGAUUUGAAUCCUCCGCUACCCCUUCCUUUGCCCUGUACUGCUACUGCUACCUUGGCUCAAACUUCCCCCACAUAUCCAUCCAUACAGAUGCAAAGUAAAAGGCAAAAUAGGAAAUCACAAAUUGGAGCUGGCACUCCACGACGUCGGGGAAAGAAACAAGAAACAUUAUCACCUGUUCCAGAUGCUUUAGGUCAUCAGUGCUUGAAUCAGACUUCUAAUUUACUUAUUUCAUCAGGCAGCAUAUCAGGUGAUAAAACCACUGAAUUGAAAAGCUUGCAAGAGAACAAUGCUCAAGAACCAAAAUGUGUUUUCCAGGAUCAAGCAUUGCAGAGCCAAGGUGAUCAGGAUUUAAAAUCAAUGGAGGGGUCAGAUGAUUUAGCUAAGCAGACGAUGAUAUUGUCUUCAUGUAAAGAUAGUACAAUCAAAUCUCCAGGGAACGAUUUAGAGAAGGUUAAUAAUCCUGAUGUUCGUGAUUCUUCUGUGAAUGUUAAAUCUUCUGAAAUUCCCUCGUCGAAGAUUGAAGUUUGCGAUAAUUCAGGAAAUGAAAAUUUAUCUGUUCCGACAUUGCCUAUCGCUGAGGUGACAACAGAUCAACAUUCAGAGGCAAAAGCUCAUGAAACUGUUGAAGCUUCAAAAACUGAUACUUCAAUUGUUGAUACUCCAACUAAUUCCUUGGCUGGUAGCACAACUAUAGAAAUCAUUAGUAAGCCAUUAGAUCAUGUGACUGCAAAGAUUGUCCCAGCUAUAUUGAACAAUGUUUAUCCUUCUACACCAGGCUCUGGAUCUACUCAUCCAAGUUUACAUGAAUCCUUAUCAUCCAAAAGGCAAGGUCGUAAAACUCAAAAUAGAGUGGAGCCACCACGGCGUAGGGGGAGAAAAUCGGCUUCAGUUUUACCUGUUGUUCCCGAUGCUCUUUCUGGUCAGGAUCUUAAACUAAGUCACCAUGCCCAUAAUUCAUCAGGGGAUGCAUUGGAAGGGAAAGCCACUACAAAUGUCACUCAAACUCAAGCGAUUGAGAUCCUUUUACCCAGUGGAGUAGCUAGUCAAGAUUCCAAACGAAAAGAGAGAGCCUCCAAUUCUACCCAAAAUAAGCAACAGAAAGCUGGAUCAACACGGGCUGACAGUGCAACUGUAUCCUCAGAUAAAAUUGCUGCUUUUGGCCGAAUUCAUAAUGUCAAUGAUGUUGCACGGGUAAUGAAGGAAGUUUUCUCUGGUACUUGUUUGCCAAAGCCUAAAGCACAUGAUUCUCUUGGGAGCGAAGAUAGGAACCCACCUAUUUUUCAUGUAGUGACUAAAGCUGCAGUGGAUGCUGGUAGUAACUGUAGUUUGGAGGAAAAAGCAUGUGCUGAUGGGAAUGUUGCAGUGGAUGGCCAUGAAAAGCAAUCUGAUAUGCAGAAUCUGAAGGGAAAAGCAAGUUUAGAUGCGUCCACUGCCUUUACGUCUGAUAAAAAAAUAACUCUUGAGAAUGAUACCUUGUCUAAUGUCAGAGAGCCUGAAACCAAAUGUAGUUUGGAGGAAAAAGCAUGUUCUGAUGGGAAUGUUGCAGUGGAUGGUCAUGAAAAGCAAUCAGAAUUAGCAUCUGAUAUGCAGAAUCUGAAGGGAAUAGCAAGUUUAGAUACAUCCACUGCCUUUACCUCUGAUAAAAAAUUAACUCUUGAGAAUGAUACCUUGUUGAAUGUCAGAGAGCCUGAAACUAAAUGUUAUGUUGAAGUGGAAGAAAAGACUGAACAGCCACAACAGUGUAUUAAAAACCCAACUACUCAGAGUAUAAUGGAGGUUCUUGAUACAACUCUUAAUGCUGCUCAAAUAUCUGAUGGGCAUCCGGAGAGACUUCCUACAGGUUGUGGCCCCACUAUAUAUUCAUCUGUGGUUUCUCCGAGUGCUAAACCUCUUGCGGUAACUGAUCAUAAUCUUGGAAAUCAAUCUGAGUCUUCAGAGAAGUGUUCCAUAUCUUCUCCUCUUGAUAUUGGUGGCACAGGAGGCGCAACAAAUCCAUUGGAACCAGAAAAUUUUAAUAAUAAUCCUGAGUUUAGUAAGGGUGAGGCCUGCAGACAGAGUAAUUCGUCCACAAAUGAACACCCUAAUAUCACAGAGCAUACUUCUAAUAAAAAAUUGGAGUCUUCUGAACCAUGUCAAAAAUCUUCACCACUUGCUUGUGGUGACAACACUGGGUUAUUGGCCCAGGCUGAAAAUUUGAGUGAUCAACCACAAGUGACCAUAUCUAAUCCUGCAGAACAUCAUCAUUUAAGGACAAUGAUAAUUUCUGAACAUACUGAAAUUAAUUCUAGAAAUGAAACUGAGUCUUCUUCGAAAGCUUCUGAUGAACUUUCUGUUGAUGAGGGAAUUGAUGGGUGUAAAACUUCUGCAUCAGCUGAUUGUGAUAGAGAUGAUAAAAGUAUAUUAUCACCAACUAUUGGCAAUUUGAAAGGUGAGUUUUUAGAGGCUGGCCAUAUGGAAAUGGACACAUCUAACAGUAACAUAAUGGAGAACGACAUGGCUAACAGUUCUGGAGUCCAGGAGGAACCAAAAGUUGAUGAUGUGGAAACUGAUGUUCAAAUGGAUUCAUCGACCAGUCAGAAUAUGCUUGUAAAUCGUGACGCUGUCCAAGAAAAUGUGGAUCUGCCCUCCUGUUUGAUGGAAAGUAAAGAAAAUAUUGAAGGCCCAUCCACAAGGACUGAAAAUACAGAGUUGGAAAUCAGUAAGAUGUCUUCAGAUUCCCCAAUAACUGUUAACCAUUCUGUGGAGAGCGAACUAUUGUCAGUAAAAGGAAAAUCAUCAGAAGUCGAAGUUUGUGAUCAAAUAGAUGCUCAUCAGGUUUUUAAGGAUGAUCUAGAAAGGCUUACUUCAAAAGAUAUGGAUGUGUCUUCUCUUUGCAGUCCCCUAGCUCAGGACAAACCAAGUGAUCCUCUGAUACUAGAAGAUAGUUGUAGGAACAAUCCCAAGGCUCCCAUUGUAAAUCCAUUACCAGAGCGGAAAUCAGAUUGUUCUGAAGCUGAGAUGGUUGAUCAAAUGAAAACAUCUGAUGGUGAAAAGGUUGAUCCAGGACUGACAUGUACAAACAAGGAACUGCCUUCUUCCUUGGUCACGGAGCAAGAAAAAGCUGAUGUAUCAAAUCCUUCGGAAACUGAGGGCCCCUCUGCAAAUCCAGUACUGCUGCAGGAAUCAGUUAAUUCUGAAACUGAAACGAGUGAUCACAAAGAGGUGGAAAACUUGUCUAAUAAUGAGGGUCCACAAGGAAUCUCUAAAGCACAGGAUGAAUCUGAAAUUGAGGAUCAGACAGAUCCAUUACCAGAUCGGAAAUCAGAAUGUUCUGAAGCUGAUAUGGUUGAUCAAAUGAAGACAUCUAAUGGCGAAAAGGUUGAUCCAGGGCUGACAUGUACAAACAACGAACUGCCUUCUUCCUUGGUCACGGAGCAAGAAAAAGCUGAAGUAUCAAAUCCUUCAGAAACUGAGGGUCCCUCUGCAAAUCCAUUACUGCUGCAGGAAUCAGUUAAUUCUGAAGCUGAAAUGAGUGAUCACAAAGAGGCGGAAAACUUCUCUAAUAAUGAGGGUCCACAAAAAAUCUCCAAAGCACAGGAUGAAUCUGAAAUUGAGGAUCGAACAGAUCUAUUACCAGAUUGGAAAUCAGAAUGUUCUGAAGCUGAUAUGGUUGAUCCAAUGAAGACAUCUAAUGGUGAAAAGGUUGAUCCAGGGCUGACAUGUACAAACAACGAACUGCUUUCUUCCUUGGUCACGGAGCAAGAAAAAGCUGAUGUAUCAAAUCCUUCGGAAACUGAGGCCCCCUCUGCAAAUCCAGUACUUCUGCAGGAAUCAGUUAAUUCUGAUGCUGAAAUGAGUGAUCACAAAGAGGUGGAAAACUUGUCUAAUAAUGAGGGUCCACAAAGAAUCUCUAAAGCACAGGAUGAAUCUGAAAUUGAGGAUCGGACAGAUCCAUUACCAGAUCGGAAAUCAGAAUGUUCUGAAGCUGAUAUGGUUGAUCAAAUGAAGACAUCUAAUGGUGAAAAUGUUGAUCCAGGGCUGACAUGUACAAACAACGAACUGCCUUCUUCCUUGGUGACGGAGCAAGAAAAAGCUGAUGUAUCAAAUCCUUCGGAAACUGAGGCCCCCUCUGCAAAUCCAGUACUUCUGCAGGAAUCAGUUAAUUCUGAUGCUGAAAUGAGUGAUCACAAAGAGGCGGAAAACUUGUCUAAUAAUGAGGGUCCACAAAAAAUCUCCAAAGCACAGGAUGAGUCUGAAAUUGAGGAUCGGACAGAUCCAUUACCAGAUCCGAAAUCAGAAUGUUCUGAAGCUGAUAUGGUUGAUCAAAUGAAGACAUCUAAUGGUGAAAAGGUUGAUUCAGGACUGGCAUGUAAAAACGUGGAACUACCUCCUUCCUUGAUGACGGAGCAAGUUAAAGCUGAUGUAUCAAAUCCAUUGGAAACUGAGGGUCCCUCUGCAAAUCCAGUACUGCUGCAGGAAUCAGUUGAUUCUGAAGCUGAAAUGAGUGAUCACAAAAAGGUGGAUAACUUGUCUAAUAUUGAUGGUCCACAAAGAAUCUCUAAAGCACAGGAUGAAUCUAGAGACAUUGAGGAUCAUCUGAGAAAGAGUCGGGUGAGGGUUCAGUGGUAGGAGAAGCCCAGGAGUCUGAAACUAAGUAAUGAAAUAUAUAUAUCCCUGUAUAUAAUUAUAUACGUUAUAUAUUACACGUGUUAAAGGAAAGGUUUUUGUACAUGUAUGUCAUUACCAGAUGUUGUUGGGAUGUGAUUAUAAUUUAUAUGGUCUUACGACCUGCAUGUCUAGUUCUCAGUUAUUUUGCUAUCAGCUUAUUUGUUGAAAGUUGAAACAGUAUCCCAACACACUUAUAUCUGAAUAGGAUAUUUGAAGGUUCAUUUUUACAAAGAAAUUAUAUUGGCACA